ACCUGGGAGAGCUAGUGGAUAUGGCAAAAUAGAAACGGCUCUGCUUUUGAUGCAGCAGACCAACGGGAAGGAAGACGCAGGCGAAAGCCGCGGGCGGCACGGGAAAGGAAAAAAAAGGCUGCAGCUGUCGCUGCCAAGCUCAGCUAGUCAGCUUCGCUCCGGCGUCCCGGCGGAGAUCCCGAUCCUGGAGUGACUGACGAGCGAGCCACCCCGGCUGGCGUGGCACGGACGUCACUUACCUCGGAAGUUUCAUGGCAAGACACGAGAUCCGAAUCGAAGCCAAAGCCACCACGAUCUGCUCACCUCCAGCAGCAAGCAUUAUCCUCCGAUGAUCUGCCGCAGCUCAGAGAGAGAGAAGGAAUUCAUGGUGGUUACUGCUGAAAGUGAAAGCUGGAGCGGAAAGUUUCACGCGGACGCAUGCCGGAGCGAAGCUUUUUUCCCCUGGCGUCUUCCACCCCGGCCGGGGGCGGGCCCACUUGGAGUUGAAGCGCAAGCAGCCGAAGCCUCCGGUCCGGUACGCUGCUCCCCUGGCUCACCAACUCCACCCAACCCGCUCGCGCCCUCUUCACUCUCCCCGUUCCCGGCCGGCCGCUCCCCUCCGGCUGCGACGGGGGCCCCGCCGCCCACCCGCGAACAAGAACCGACCAACCUGAGCUACCACUCCAGCCUCCGCUGCCCUUUUUGACGGCCCCCGCACGCCGUCCUGGCGGCGCCAGGUCCCGGCACCGCAAUUAUUGCCGCAGCGAAGCGACAGGUGUGGCGUCAAUGGCGUGGGUCUGACCGCGCGCGCGGCCCAUCUCCUCUACCCGCGUCGUAGUAGCUGUAGCUCUCGGUGAUGGAGCUAGUCAUGGCAGCCAUCAUAGCGUAGCCACCAUUCCUGCUUGCCAUCAGUAGCUGCUCGGCCAGUCGCGGCAGCACAGUCCCAUUCCGGAAAGAAACUCCUUCAUCCUCCUCCGCAUAUGCGCUGCGGCUCCGGCGGCGGCGGCGGGGUUGUCGUUUGCGGUGUCUCCGGCCGCCUGGGCGGGCGGGUUUGUUUAGUGCCGGAGGUGUACCGCGCCGGAGUAAAGAAUUGGAGGCGGGUUGGAUGCUGUGCGUGCGCGCGGAGGACGCGCUGGCCGCCGCUGCAGCCGCGGCCGCGGGGUCCGACAAGAUGCGCUCCGUGACCCUGGGCGGGUCGAUCCAGAGGGCGGUGCGGAGGAUGGCCGGCGGCGGCGGGAGGAGGUCGGGCGGCUCGGCGCGCGCGGGGAGCGGCGGCGCGCCGGCGAGCUGCUCUGGGGAUGACACCAGCAUUGGCAGUGGCAAGAGGGAGGGGGGGCGAAGGUGCAGCAUUCAGCAGUACAGGUCGCAGCUGGAGCAGGAGGUUAAGAAAUUGCAAAGGCAACUCCAAGAAGAGAUUGACUUGCAUCUGGCAUUGGCAGAUGCCAUCACAUAUAACGCCGCACUGAUUCUCAAGUCUUCUAUAAAGCUUCCAAACAAGGCACAUGAGCUACUAAUUAGCAUAGCCUCUUUGGAGAUCGCUAUCACAAAGCUUGAAGAAGAUCUAAAUCACCUACAUUACCAAUUAUGCCAUGCAAGGAAUGAAAGGCUACUUGCAGAGAAUAACCCAGGAUGCUUGCUACCUACAUCAUCGGAUUGCCAACCCUCCACAGCUUGCGAUUGUACAGGGGAAAAACAUGUAUCAAUGUUAAGAGAUUUGGGAUUCAGAGAUUAUCACUCAAUGGAAGAAGAUUUUUCUACUGAACCUGAAGAUCACCAGGAUGACGAAAAAGAGACUGAAGGUAGAGAGCGGGUACCUCUAAAUAGGCUGCUAGAAAAGCACCGAGAUGUUUCUUUAACUGGACUGUUGGAACACCGAAAAGAAGAGAUGCAAGAGCCAUGCUCUAUGAAAAAAGAAAGCAAAGAAGAUCAGAAGAUAGAUGCAUUACCAUUUAGCCAAUCCAAUUUGAAGAAAAGCAGCACGGGUGGAAAUGUGUGGAAUAAUCCAAAUCAGCUAUCUGAAGAGAUGGUGCGCUCCAUGAAAGAUAUCUUCCUUCAUUUAUCUACAUCUUCCAAGAUAUCACCAAAGGCGACUUUUGCUAAUUCAUCUUCAUCAGCAGAACGUCUAUCUGGUUCAACAUUGACAUCUUUAUCAGAUUCAUCAGUAAUAGCCUCAGUGUUGCGCAGUCCUUCAAUUGACUUGCACCAUGAUGAUGUUGAUGAAGUUAAAAACUUGGACCCAUACAAUGUUAAUGGGAAGGAAGCCCGGAGAGACAUUGGAAGCUAUUGUUCAGUAACUGAAGUGUCUUGGAUGUAUAUUGGCAACGAACAACUUGAAUAUGCAUCUGGAGCUCUGAAGAAGUUCAGGUUUCUUGUGGAGCAACUAUCAAAGGUUGACCCUUCUUCUAUGAACUGUGGUGAACGGUUAGCAUUUUGGAUUAAUCUGUACAAUGCAUUAAUAAUGCAUGCAUACUUGGCAUAUGGUGUCCCUGAAAAUGACAUCAAGCUUUUCUCGCUAAUGCAAAAGGCCUGUUACACGGUUGGUGGGCAGCCUGUUAGUGCAGCUGAAAUUGAGUUUGUGAUUUUGAAGAUGAAGAGUCCAGUGCACCGGCCACAACUCUCCUUGAUGCUGGCCCUCCACAAAUUUAAAACUUCAGAGAAGCUCAAGAAAUAUUCAAUAGAUGAUACUGAGCCCCUUGUGCUCUUUGCACUCUGUUGUGGGAUGUUCUCUUCACCUGCAGUACGGAUUUUCUCUGCUGCAAAUGUUCGACAGGAGCUUCAAGAAUCAAUGAGAGACUACAUCCGAGCAUCUGUUGGUAUAAAUGACAAAGGAGAGCUUAUAGUCCCAAAGCUACUGCAGAGCUAUGCCAAGGGCAUUGUGGAGGCCUCUCUGCUUGCCGACUGGAUCUGCCGUCAUCUAACCCUGGACCAAGUCGCUGCAAUCCAAGAUACUUCAUCGUCGCACAAGCAGCGCCUCCUUGGAGUUCGCAGUUUUAGUGUUAUCCAAUUUGAUUCAAGAUUCCGGUACCUGUUCUUGACUGACAACGGUAGGUGCCAGAACUGAAACAAUCUGCAUUGGCUAUGUGCAGAAAGUAACAAGAGUUGGCAUUUUUGACAUAGUGAAAACUGAAAAGAUUAGCUGCUGUACAUUUUGUAAAUUUUGGGGGCGAUUCUGAUUCUUCUCUGUAUGUAAAGUUCACUAAAGUUUUGUACUAUAGCCAACUGCCCCCGCAUUUGUGCAACUAGUUUUAAAUAAUAAAUAUAAUCGUAUUCAGUA